CCCGCCCCUCCCCGGCGCCCCGCGCCGCCCCGCCUCCCCCCCGCGGGCUCUCCCCUCCGGCUCGCGGGGCCGGCCGGCGCGCGGGAGCAGGCGGCAUGGGCGCGGGGCGGGAGCUGGGGCCGGCGGCGGGCGGCGCGCUGCUGCUCUGCGCCGCGCUGCUGGGCGCGGGCUGCGCGCUGGGCCUGCGCCUGGGCCGCGGCCGGGGGCCGGCGGACCGCGGGGCGCUCGCCUGGCUCUGCUACGACGCCCUGGUGCACUUCGCGCUGGAAGGCCCUUUUGUCUACUUGUCUUUGGUGGGAAACGUUGCAGAUUCUGAUGGCUUGAUCGCUUCACUGUGGAAAGAAUAUGGCAAAGCUGAUGCAAGAUGGCUUUAUUUUGAUCCAACCAUUGUGUCUUUGGAAAUUCUGACUGUUGUCCUGGAUGGGUCUCUGGCAUUGGUUCUAAUUUAUGCCAUAGUCAAAGAGAAAUAUUAUCGGCAUUUCAUACAGAUUACCCUGUGCGUGUGUGAAUUGUAUGGCGGGUGGAUGACCUUCUCGCCAGACUGGCUUAUGGGAAGCCCCAACCUCAACACCAACAACUGGCUCUACUUUUGGGUCUAUCUGGUAUUUUUCAAUAGUGUAUGGGUUCUGAUCCCAGGACUGUUACUGUGGCAGUCAUGGGUAGAACUCAAGAAAAUGCAUUACAAAGGAACAACUUCAAGGAAAAAAUUUCAGUGAAUUUUCAAAAUCAUAGACACUCUUUAUCUUGCUUUAUGAGCCAGCAUGGAUCAAACCUUUUUGUUUGGCCAAAUGUAAUACAUUCCAGCCUACAUUUUCUUUUUAUAUUGUUUUUCUUGAAUUUCAAAUUGAUUGUAAGGUGGCGAGUUUUUGUUGUUGCUUUUUUCCAAUUAAAUAGCAAUGUACGGAACAGAGAAUAAAUUUUAACUUGUAAUAAUAACACAUUUAAUUAUACAUUUUUAUGGCUAGCAUUAAUUGUUCCACAUUAAUAAAGCCAGUUAUCAUAAAAUACUGUA